AUGGCUGUUGAGCCAUUAUCCACUAGGUGGAGUGGACCAAACCUCGAGAUGGCCUACGCGUCUCCAAGAUUUGUAUCCGAGAAAGGAAGCAAUAAAGGCAGUGAAUCUCGACACACCAAAAAGGAAGAAAGCCGUUUCAGGCGCGAAAGGGACGAAGAUGGCAAAGCGAGUAGUGAUGGCAGGAAUAGACGGUUAUUUGGUUCAAGUGAUGAUGAUGGCAGUCCCGCGCCCGAAGGUUUCAUCAACCACGACUUUCGGAAAAUAUUAGACACCCACCCGCUUUAUCGCGCCUGCGAAGCCAAAAAAGGCCUAAUAGGGCGUCUGGUUCAUGAGACCCUCGAGUACUACAAUAUCACAGCUAGCGAUGUGCAGUUUGUGGGAAGAACAGAGGCGAUACUUCCCCCAGGGAAAAGCUCGGUCUCUCCUGCUAAGUUGACAGCACUCAUUUCUGCAGAACGUGGACUUGUGGAUAACAUGUGGCUCGAUAUGGCAAGAGCAAUUCGAGCUUCUUUCCAACGCCACGGAGGAAAAACAGACGACCCUGAUGAAAAGGAGUUACUUCUCAGUUUGGUGGUUGAGUUUUUGGAAAUCAAUGAUGACUAUCCAAUGUAUAUGUUUCCGGUUUUGGAGCAUGAAGAGAUCUUUAAGAAAUGGCCACAUAUUCUAAUACAGGUCUUGGACAUCCACGAAGCUCAUCUUGUAUCCGUUGGAUGCUAUCGUCGAGGCAGAAAGGAUGCGGCGCAAUAUAAUCCUGCCACUGUGUUGAUUUUGGCGAGACCAUGGAGCAAAAUUGACUCGAAGGCCUUUAGAGAUGAUGUUGUCAAGAUUCUCGACAGAUCAAACCUUCCGAUGGUGGCCGUGGAGAUCGGCACGGCUGAUCACCCGGGCGAAAAAGAACACAAAGUGGAAAUUAACCUGGACAGCUUGCAUGGACUCAAUAGGGGACUCUGGCGCCCUGGUGGUCACUGGCGACGGUGUUCUCAUGGGGAUGCUGUAUGGAGGGCAUCUUGGUGGGAAUAG